AUGUUACUUUCAGAGACAUUUUGGCAUAAUCCGCAGUACCGCAUCACUCUUACUGAAGUGGACGAAGGGGAUGACGAAUCUAAGUGUACCGUAAUUAUCGCCUUAAUGCAGAAGAAUAUGAGAUCAAAACGAGUUAUGGGAGUGGAUUUGUUAACCGUUGGAUUUGCCGUAUACUAUUUGCCUUAUCCGGACAGAGUGCCUAAACCUCUAGACUUAAACUUUUUCAAAUACAACGCAUCGGUGGCGAGAUCGCCGUCCUUUAUAAACUUGAGAGAAGUCAGCUGUCGUUUUAAGCUUCCACCUGGUACCUACUGUAUAGUGCCUUCGACCUUUGAUCCCGACGAGGAGGGCGAGUUCUUGCUCAGGGUCUUUUCCGAGCACAAAAACAACAUGGAGUACGGUUACAAUGAUUCUCAUUCUCAUGACGGUUCGAGCGGCUACGGUGGUAGUACUUAUGGCGGUAGCAAUUAUGGGGGUAGUAAUUACGGAGGUAGCAAUUAUGGGGGUAGCAAUUACGGGGGAAGCAGUUACGGAGGUAGUAAUUACGGCGGAAGUAAUUACGGAGGUAGCAAUUACGGAGGUAAUAACUAUGGCGGCAGUAAUUACAGUCACUAUAGCAGUAACUACUCAGCUCCGCCACUUCCCGGAGUACCUCGUGUCAUGCCCCAGCCUGGGUACAGUAACUACGCACCUGCUCCACCCCUUCCUCAACACAAUUAUCCUAGUUACGCUGCUCCUCCUCCUGUGCCGCACAACUAUAACACGUACGCAGCACCGCCUCCCUUACCGCAAACACCUUAUAACAGGUUUUCGUCUCCGCCUUAUCCACCUGAUAACAGGCGGAACGACGGUAGAGGAGGGGGAGGUUAUGGUUUUAACUUUUAAAUGACUAACAUACGUCUUUAGCAUUUCUGAUGCCACCUAGUGGGUUUGGUACGUACUGGAAGAUGUAAGACUUGAAAGACAGAUGAUAUUUGAAAUAUUUACUUAAACUGCUAUGUUGUUACAAAAGUUGAAAAUAAAAAUUAAAAUAUAUAUUCGCUAAUAAACGGUAGGUAUUUGCAGAGUAAAAAUUUUAUGUACUUAUUGUUAAUCAAACCAAAAAAAGUUUUUGAAAAUAUUCUACUCUUGCCUGGCAACUGCAAUUGGUGAAAAAAAUAUGUUGAACAUUUACUGCGUACACAUAUAUUGUUACUAUUGUUACUACUACCAUAGCCUGCUCGUUGUAAAUUCAAUUUGAAAUUUUAAUCACAAAAUUUUUCCAACAUAAAUUACAUGUAGGUAUCUGCAGUUAAUUUUGUUUCUGAUAUUACAAUUGAUGUACAAAGUAUAUUUAGGUUACUGAUGUACACUAUUAAUCAAAACUAACGUUAAUUAUAACUUAUUACGUUUGUAACAAAUAUUUAACGUUUUUUAAAACAACUUUCUAGUAUUUUCCCAUUUUCCAUACAUAUAGUAGACGUGAAAUGUUCAGAAUGUAUGCAGGGUGUUUUUACGUUCGUUUUAUUAUUUUUUUCAUUUUAAUUAUGUGCACGGUGCACAUAUCUGACAGAAUGUUUGUUAAAGUAAAAGACAAGGUAGGUUAAUGUUUUUCUACUUGACAUAUGCCUACAGAGAAUUUUAGUAGGUAAAAAUGAAAUGGGUAUGGGCAUCCUGUAUUUCAGCAUUAUUUUUUUUAUUUACCUAGAGGCAAGGAAACAUAUUACAGCUUCUCCAAAAUGUAGUAGCCUUCUUCAGUUUGAAGACUUUUGAUUUAAAUUUUGCAUUUAAUAAAUAUAAAUCGAACAGUCUUCUUAUAAUAGCCAGACGGUUUUUGUAGCCCCUGUGCAUUCUUAAUUUAUUUAUCUCAAAGUUAAAUGUUAUUGAAGCAUUAGUAUUACAAAAUAAGUUACUUUUAUUCCGUUUUGUGUACAUAAUAGCCAUCCAACACUGUGCACUCUCUUCAUCACACUGUACACAUUGCAUCUAAACUCUUUUUGGUUAAUUAGAGAUAAUUAUGAACAUAUAACGUUACUAACUCAGAAUUAUUUAUUUUAAUGUGACAAUGUUAUUGCUCUAAACAACUAAUUUAUGAAAAAAAAAAACAAAAGUAAGUUUUUCGUUUGUGUUGGCUUAUGUUAUGAGUUUGUUAUUGCUGUUUUU